AUGAGGAAGAAUUCGUCGCCGCUUAUUCUGAUGGAAGGAACACUUGAAAAAUUAAAAGAACGAGAAUUUCCGUGGAUUUUUUCUGGCAAAAAAUUUUCCACAACAUGGGUGCUUCGUUAUUAUGUGCUCCGACAUGCGGACAUUUCUGAUAAUGAAGCGUUUUUAUUGGAACAACAUGAAAACUGUACGCCUUUCUCAAAAGUUCAUAAGUCAUUGGAUUUGCGAUGUGUUCUGCAGAUUGACACGAAUAUUUCCUUAAAAGUUGGUAACCAGAAUUGGGUUCUCGCAAUUCAUUACAAAGCAAGGCAUAGUGGAAGAUUGAAGGUUCUGUACUUAGCUGCUCACAGCGAAACAGAGAUGAAUAUGUGGAUCAUGAAAUUAAGCUAUGCUUGUAAACUCCAAAAGCAAGAUGUUGGUGAACGUCAGUUGGUCCCAGAUAAAAGCGCAAAUAAAUUCCCGUUUAUUACAGAUUGUAUGAAUAAUCAUUGCUUCACUGAUAGUUCUGCGGUAGAAUCGCCCAUAAUGUCAAAUGUUAUCACUAAUAAUACCAACUGUAUAGAUUCCGUGACCACUCAUGCUUAUAUACGUUUAAAAGACUGCUCUUCAACGCCUUCAUUAGAUGAUAGUUCAGCAUCUUUAAGCUCAAGCAUCGCGAGUUCAUCUACCUUAUCUGAAAAUUUUCCAUUCAAGAAUUCGUUUUUGAUUCCUCCUCCCAUACCACCCAAGCCAAGCCAUAGUUCACGUAUGCUGAAAGGCGGAAAACAAGUUUUCGAAUCAGGUAGAUGUGUUUUGGAUCAACCACUCACUCCUGCUGAUGGUCACGAGAUUCUCAGCAUAAAAGAGGAAGAGUGGAGUAACGAAACAGUUCGUCCAAGUACAGUUGGCUCGAUCGAUGCAGAGGAGACUUUUCUAUCAUUUGAUUCUUCAUUAAUAUCUUCCGUUUCUAAUUCAACUGCUCCUAAGCCACUUCCACGUCGUCAUAACUUUCAUAACGUUCCUCCUGAGGUAGACCGAUCUUGUAAGCCGAUUGGAAUCAGAUAUAUCGCUGUAAAUACUAAUCAGGAAAGAUCCGGUACUGAUAACUGGAAAAAAGAGAUAUUUGCGGCGUCGUCACGAUUAUUACCAACUAUUUCUUCACAUCAACAGUCUUUGCAUGCUGUAGUAUUACGGAAUAAACAAAUUCCAAUUGGUCAAGAAGCUUUGUACGAUAAUGAAUCAAUGAGAAGGAGGAAUGGCGCGCUGGAUUAUCUUGACCCUAUGAGGGAGCCAUUAGCGCAAUCACAGUCUUUUAUUAAAUCUUCGCAGCGGCCAAAAAUUUCCUGUGCUACUGAGUAUACACAGAUUGAUGAAGAAAGCACAAAGGCAGUUUUAAAAGCCAAUGUACGACAAGAUGAGAUGCGGCGUAAUGGUUUUUCAGUUUGA